AUGGCGACUGACAAGACAGCCGUCAUGGCUGGCAGAGGCCCACCUGAGGAGUCGAAGGAGAGUCUCAUGGAGCAGGUGGCGGAGUACGUUCGAGUCUCCAAAGAGACGAGCAAGUCGGCCUAUGAUCUUGCCUGCAUGGCCCAGGAUUUGGGCUCGCUUUGGUCCUCCAAGAGGCGGCAAGAUGAAGCAAGUGUGGCAGCUGACGCGAUGAUCAGCAACAUCGUCGGUGACAGGAAGCCCUACACCUUCGGAAAGCGGGGCUCCGACACCAUCCCCAGCGGCCUGGCUGCGCUCAGCCACUUCCUCUCCGAGGACCCUCGCCACUUCGGGGUGCGGCUCUCGACUCUUUUCACUGGGAGCAACUUCAUCCAGGAGCGACGGAAGGUGGCGGCAGUAAAUGUGCCCGUCCCGGGAGAUUCCGACUCCUCCUCCUCCGAAAGUGAGAUAUCCAGCUCCUCCCCUUCCUCCGGCAGCACCGACUCUGCGGUGUCCAGCCUGUCGAGUGAGGAGAUGAACAACUUCGAUGCCGGGAAGUGGUAUCAGAAGGUUGACAAGUUGGUCUCGACGCUUCAGAGCAAGUCGGAGUGGGAGACGAUCGCCGCCUUACGUGACGGGUACUCCUUCAAGGACUCAGAGCGUGCAGCCGACCUUGUCCACGUCGAGGCACUGGCCGAUCUGAACGACGAGGAGCUCCGGAUCUAUGAGCAGACGAAAGAGAAACUGGAGACACAGGUGGAGUCGAAACAGUUGGAGAUCCUCUCGCAUCUCACCACCUUCAGCCAGUCGCUCAAGAGAACCACUCGGGAGGUCAUUGCGAGACGACGGGCCCGCAGGAGAGUCAAGAAGAAGUUUAGCUUCUCCAACAUGGACGAGGUGCGCUUUGUGGUCAAGGAUGGUGAAGAAGAAUCACCUUCCGGGCACAAAAGCGUUGAGUCGGAGAACCAAACCUCGACAGAGGUGGACUCGAAAAAGGGGCAUCGUGCCGGAGAGCUUUUGACACAGAUCUCUGGCUUGCAAUCCAUCAUGAACGAGCUUGUCCGGGAUGCGCACCUCAAGAAGCAGACGCUUGACGUGAACCAAAAGGCGCUUUCCUUUCUGGAAGGGGCGAUGGAGGCGGCAGAGAACGGUGUAGACCCACCCGAGCCGGACAAGGACAUCCAAGAUCUUCUCCACAAGAUGCAGGCCGAGGCGAAAGAACAACUCGAGGCAGAACAGCGCCAGGCCACGGCCCAGAGGCUGCAGGAGGUCAAUGCAGACAACACUGUCCUGACAGAGGAGUUGCUGAAAGACAUGGACCCAAAGCAGCUGAAGGUGCACUUAACACAGUUCGAAAACGACGUGGACAUGCUCCAGAAGAAGGUGCAGGAGAUGGAAUCUGCACGGAUCGCAGAUGCCCGAGGCGGACCCGACCGCUCACAGAGGGCCAGAAAAGCUGCCCUGAUGCUACAGCAGCCCGGUGGCGAUGGCGGACCGGAUGCUGGGUCGAGAAGGAACUCGCUGGUCGCGGAUCCGCGCGCCGAAGCCAACAAGAACGGAAGGGCAUCACCAGCUGAACUUCGUCGACGCCUCCUUUCGGGUGACGUGCCGCCGCCCUCGAAGAUGAUUUCAGCUUUGGAGGAGCAGGUGCCUGCUGCCAAGCAGGCCGUCGCAGCCUUAGACGUCCACAAAGCCCUUUUCUUCAAGAGCGUCGAGAAGGCAAAGGAACUCAAGGAGAAGUACUCCUUGGACAUGAAGGCGCUACGACGCUCCUUCCUGGCGGGCCAGGAGGGUUCCCAGGAGGGCGCCGAGCCCGAGCUUCCGCCGGCGCCUGCGACUGCCAAACCCGCAGCCAAGGCAACUUCCGCCAAGGCACAGGCAGCACCCGCCGCGGCUGCAGAGAAGCGAGCGGAGGCGACCGGAGCCGGCGGGGAGUCGCCACGGCGACGAAGAUCCUCCAGAGCCCAGGUCCGUCCUCCCUCCGGCACAGCCGUGCGCCCCUCCUCGCGUACGACGGCCGAGCCAGCAGCAGCUGUGGCGCCAGCAGCGGAGGUCGCUCCCCCGGAGCCCUCUGCGACCGACGCGAGGCCGCGGGAGACGGAGCAAUCGGAAUCGGCGUCAACUGCACCGGCGCCCGCACCAACGGAGUCUCCAAGAAUGGCUCCAAGGGCGCACCGACACACUGCAGUGGAAGGGCUUCCGGAAGGUACCGCCCAGCAGAUGAAGGCGCUGAAGGAGGCCACGAAGGCCUACAACAGAGCGCACCAUGAAGCACAUCGCCUUGGCAAGCUCCUGGAUAUGAACUUGGAGGAGAUGUCUGAGGUGGAGGCGAAGGUGAUGCUUCAGGCACAUCAGCUGGGCUACAACAAGAAGAAGGCCCAAAUCGAGGAGUUGGAGAAAGAGCUGCUGCAGCUUCAGAAGAAGGCCGGCGUUGACCCCAGUGCGCCGGAGAGUAAGGUCGGCCGACUCUCGCCAAAGUCCACUGCAGGAUCGGGUUUUCAUGGUGAAAAGACUACGACGGCAUCCCACCGAAUGGACGAGUUCCAGAAGGCCAAGCUUGACAAUCGAAAGAUCAUUGAGGAGCUCUUGAAGAUGGAGGGUGCGAUGAACCCCGAGCUGCUCAAAGAGCUGCUUCAUGCCCAAGGCGAGAACCUUCACAUCCAGGAGCAGCUCGUCAAUCUGGAUGAAGUGCUCAGGCUCCUCAAAGCAAAAGGAAAGGACCUGAGCAAGGAGGAGAAAGCGAAGAUCAAGGGUUUGCUUGGUCCGACAGAAGCUGCGGAAGACCCCUCGGAUCCGCAGGUUCAAGAGCUGCGGAAUGAGAAGCGGCGAAUGCGGGGACUGCAGAAGGAGGUAAAAGACAAGCGAGGGGAGUGGUCUGGCAUCGAAGGCGUUUCUCAGGCUCUACAGGGCCUGGGAGAAGGUGUCAACCCUUUCGAUGUCUUGCGCAAGGUGCGGAUGAUUAACGCUGCCACAGCGAGACAGAAUUCCUCGGAGGAGAACAGCCCAGCUCACCGCACCACCACCCAUCCAGAGUUGGCGACCCUCCAGGCUGCAGCAAUGGCAGCCCGAGUCAGGGAUGCGCGCAAUCAGAAGAUGGAGGAGGAAGGGUUUACACUCACGCCCGGAAGCAGCCCGCGCACGCCCGGUGCUACCAGCGCCGCGCAGCUAUUGAGAGAUGCCGUCAGUGCGGUGUCGGCCGCGAAAGCCAAAGCAGGCCGGCCAGGCGGCUCUCGCAGAGCCAGCGCAUCUGACUUGGUCUCCCUGAAUGCGGGGUCAGCGCAAGCGCCGCAAUGGGCAUCCGACCUGUCCUCAAUUGGGCUUCAGCCUCGGAUUCUGAAUGUCGAUAUCGACAUGGCCGCUUUGCCAGGCCCGAUCUACGCGAUGCCAGUGGUGCCGAUUGAGAUUCAAGACGGUGAGCCGGCUUUCGAGUCGUUUCCCAGAUGGUGGAGCUGGACUCAUGCUAACGAGGUUUAUGACCGCGAGAAGGAGUUCUUGUCCACCGUCGCGGAAGGCUUGGCUUUCAUGCAACUGUUAGCUGAUUUUUUCCUUGUCCUGUCGCCAGAUGAUUUGAUUUACGAGGCUUACGAGAAGGACAAGUACGUGGAAGUCACACAAAUGGUGAUGGAGCACGGGUUUUGGAAUGGUGUGCAGAAUGGAUCGGCAUUGGUGUGCGAGGGCCUUAUCGUCACGAUUGCUAGUGUGUUCACGCCUGUUCGCUUAGGUCUAAGUCAGAGCCGAUUGACACUUCUCAAAUACUCGCUUGCAAGCAGUCAAGCAGGCUCAACAGAAGCUGCCGAUGGCGACGUCUUUACCAUGGAGAUGCUCGCCAAGUUUGACGGCACAACGAUGCCGUCGUACAUUGGCAUCCUGGGCAAGGUGUAUGACGUGAGCGAAUCCAGCAACUUCCAAGCUGGAGGAGGCUACGGUGACCUCUGGGCGGGAAGCGAUGCGACCUUCGCUCUCGCCACGUUGUCGCUGGAGAAGAAAGAUCGGAACAGGCUCGACUGGACGAUGGAGCAGUUCAACGACCAGCAGCUCAAGGCUCUAGCUGCCUGGAAGAGGUACUUCGACGUGAAGUAUCCCGUGGUCGGGAGCUUGAAGGAGUACCAAGGCCGCAAUGUGCAACUUCCCGAGACAGCGACCGAGGCGGCGGCACAAGUGCAGCUGCCAGGGAUCUCCGGCAGUGAUGGCAUCGCAGAAGGGACAACGCCACCUCCCAAGAUGCGGCCAACUGCUCCGGUGAUUGGCGAGGGACCCCGAGUCGAGCAACUUUGA